AUGACUUCCCGCAGUACGAUGUAUUAUGUGGAAACGAGCGCCCAGCGUUCACAACGAUUGAAUAUUUAUCCAAAUCCUGUUGCUCAAUUCUUACGCAGAACGUACUGGGCCUACUAUGUCCAUUUACCAUUUUACGGUUUGACAAAAUUAGACGCAUUUUGGCUCCACACUUUUUUCUUAACGCUAAUGAGUCUUGGUGUGUUUGGUGUGGUUAAAUACUGCAUUUUAUUUUAG